AUGCUAUGGUCUCGCUGCCCGCUGCCACGAUCGUUCUGCAGGGCGAUAUAUCGACGUGAUCCCUCCCAAGUCGUCCUCAUCGCCCACCAGCUGCCCACGCCAGAACCUCAGGCUACAGCACGGGACUCGAGAUCACUUUGGAAGCAUUGGGUCGUACCUCGGACCGACAGAACGCGAAUUGGCAAGAUGGCGCCCAAGCAGGCCACUCUCGGCAAGUUCUUCGGAAGCAAUGGCGGACCAGCAGCGAAGCCACAGCAAGCGAAGCUGAAGUUCUCGUCCAAGGCCGAGCCGAAGAAGGAGCAUGAAGAGGAGGAUGUGAAAGCUGAGGCAUCCACACCAGAAACGAAUGGAACCACCAAGCACGAAGAUGUUGAAAUGGAUGAUGUUGACACCGCAAAGAAGGAGGAGGAUGUCUCGGGCGAUGAUGCACCAGUCAAGAAGGAGCCGGCCUCAUCUGCUACACCCAAGAAGCGUCGAGCUUCAGAGGAUGGCGAGGAUCAGGCUGAUGAAAAUGACGAUGAGCCUCCGACCAAGAAGCAGCGCCAGAAACCUGCUCCAGCCGGCACUAAGAAGGGCGUGGCGAAGAAGACGAACGGAAAGUCCAAAGUCAAGGCUGUGCCUGCAGAGGACGAUGAUGAGGUGGAAGAGGUGAAGCCUGCGAAGAAGUCGAAGUCGCCUACGCCUGCAAAGUCGGACAGCAAGACUUCUGCCAAAUCGACUGCAAAGAAGCAAACGAUCGAUCUAGACGACGAAGACGACGAGCCCGUAAAGAAGAAGCCGUCAAAGCCAGAACCUAAGACGAAGACACCGGUGAAACCGAAGUCGAAGGCAGCUGCUGUUCCCGUUGACGAGGACGACAUCGAUAAGAAUGACGAGAAACAGGUUGGCAGUGAGUCCGAAGCUGAAGUGUCUGAAGAUGAGGAAGAAGUCAAGCCAGAAGUGGCAGCCAAAGCUCGUGAGAAGGUCCAGAGCACUCUCAAAUCAUCUGGCAAAGACCCGUAUCCGGACUGGAAAGCUGGUGAUCCUGUGCCAUAUGCUGCGCUAUGCACCACGUUCUCUAAGAUCGAGAUGACCACCAAGCGACUCGAGAUUCUCGCUCAUUGCUCAUUGUUCCUACGACAAGUGCUUCGACUUACACCCGAAGAUCUCCUGCCCACCGUACUCCUCAUGAUUGGCAAACUCGCAGCCGACUAUGCAGGUAUCGAACUUGGCAUUGGAGAGUCUCUGAUCAUGAAGGCUAUCGGCGAGAGCACAGGACGCAGCUUGAAGAUCAUCAAAGAUGACCAGCAGAAGAUCGGCGACCUGGGACUUGUUGCUGCGAAGAGUCGUGGCAAUCAACCUACUAUGUUCAAUCCGAAGCCCUUGACUGUGCGAGGUGUCCAUGAAGGCUUGAUGAGGAUUGCUACUGUUGAAGGUCAAGGCGCUCAGGGUCGUAAAGUCGAUGGCAUCAAGAAGCUGUUGUCCAGCGCUGAUGUCAACAUGAAGAAAGGAGAGCAGAUCGACAUCAACAAGGACAAAGGUGGCCCGAGCGAGUCGAAAUUCAUCAUCCGCGCCCUGGAAGGCAAGAUGAGACUGGGCCUGGCAGACAAGAACCUUCAGGUUGCGCUCUCUCACGCCAUGGUCGCACAUGAAGUGUCCAAGGACGGCAAGAAGGUGCCUACCGAGGAGCAGCUGAAGAAGGGCGAAGAGGUUUUCAAAGCAGUCUACAACGAGUUGCCAGCCUACGAGGUCAUUGUGCCAGCACUACUGGAGAACGGCAUCUGGAAGCUUCGCGACUCACUCAAGCUGCGACCUGGUGUACCACUGAAGCCCAUGUUGGCGAAGCCCACCAAGUCCAUCGGUGAAGUGCUCGACCGCUUUGAGGGCAAGGACUUCACUUGCGAGUACAAGUACGAUGGCGAACGUGCGCAAAUUCACUUCGUUGCACACGAUGCUGAGCAGGACUUUGCCGCCACUGUUGCUCCGGCUGCAGGAAAGAGCGAUCGUGGUGUAUCGAAUAUCUUCUCGCGAAACAGUGAAGACUUGAGUAAGAAGUACCCGGAUAUUCUUGAACGACUGCCCAAGUGGGUCAAGGAGGGGACAAAGAGCUUUGUGCUCGAUUGCGAGACCGUCGCCUGGGAUGUCGAGAAGAAGCACGUACUGCCCUUCCAACAGCUCAUGACGCGCAAGAAGAAGGACGUCAAGACAGAGGAUAUCAAGGUCAAGGUCUGCGUCUUUGCCUUCGACAUACUGUACCUGAACGGCGAAGCUAUGGUCAACAAGCCAUUCCGUGAACGUCGCGAGGCUAUGUACACUGCUUUUGACGAAGUCGAGGGAGAGUUCGCGUUCGCACAAUACGGCAACUCUCGUGAGAUCGAAGAGAUUCAGACUCUGCUGGAUGACUCGAUCAAGGCAUCUUGCGAAGGACUGAUGGUCAAGAUGUUAGACGGUGUCGAAUCGCACUACGAGCCAUCACGCCGAUCGCAGAACUGGCUCAAAGUUAAGAAAGAUUACCUCUCAGGCGCAGGCGACUCGCUGGAUCUGGUCGUCCUUGGGGCAUACUACGGCAAAGGCAAGCGGACCAACUGGUACGGUGCCUUCCAGCUAGCCUGCUACAACACUAGCUCCGAGCAAUAUGAGACUGUCUGCAACAUCGGCACUGGCUUCUCCGAAGCUCUAUUAGCGGAGCUCUACGACACACUCUCGCCACUUGUCAUCGACCGACCCAAGCCCUUCUACGACCACUCCACGGGCAAGAACGACCAGCCAGAUGUAUGGUUCGAGCCGAAGUUCGUCUGGGAGGUCAAGACCGCCGAUCUCACGCUCAGUCCGAGAUACCGCGCUGCGAGUUCAGAGUUUGGAAAUGACGGCACUCACAAGGGCGUCAGUCUACGCUUCCCGCGCUUCAUUCGCGUGAGAGAUGACAAGAAUGCGGAACAGGCCACGAGUAGUCGACAGGUGGCGGAGAUGUACCGCGCGCAGGAGUCGGUGGGCAAGGAUAAGAAGCCGGCUGCUGAUGAUGAUUUUGAGUACUGA